AUGAAAGCCUCCAACGCCCAGGCCCAAUCCUUCAAGGCCCUCCACGUCCCAGGCAGGCCCCUCCUGCUAGCCAACAUCCACGACGCCACGUCGGCGCGCGUCGUCGGCGCGCUGCCGCGGUGCGCCGCCCUCGCGACGGCGAGCUACUCCGUCGCCCUGGCCGCCGGCGCGACCGACGACGAGCUCGACCUGCCGACGCAGCUCGCCGCCGUGCGCGCCGUGGCGCCCGUCGCCGCCGCGCUGGGCAAGCCCCUGACCGUCGACCUGCAGGACGGGUACGGCGCGCAGCUCGCGUCCGCCGUGCGCGCGGUCAUCGACCUCGGCGCCGUGGGCAUCAACCUCGAGGACACGCUGCGCGAGCCCGGCGGUGACUCGGCCGCCGUGGCCGACGAGGCGACGGCCGUGGACAGGAUCAGGACCGCCGCGCGGGCCGCGCGCGAGGCCGGCCUGCCCGACUUCGUCAUCAACGCGCGCUCCGACACCUUCAUGGAGGGCGGGACGCUGGAGGAGGCGAUCCGCCGGGGCAGGGCGUACCUCGAGGCCGGCGCCACGACCGUCUUCAUCUUCGGGCCCCAGGCCCGGCCGUGCACGCGAGAGGAGGUGGAGGCGAUGGUCAGGGGCCUGGAGGGGAGGGUCAACGUCUCGCUGGCGCUUCCCGGUCCCGGCAAGCCGGCGCCAGAGUUGUCAGCCAAGGACCUGGCGGAGAUAGGCAUCGCUAGGGUGAGCGUGGGACCGCAGCUGUAUUUCGCGGCGGCAGAAGCUUUGAAGGCUGCGGCUGGUCAUCUCUUCGAAUCUUAG